AUGGACUUGGAGAUCAGUGAACCAAUAGACUUCAGUUCUGGAGAUCAUCAGCAUCUGGUUCGGAAAGCAGCAGAUAGUAACAUCCAGACUGGGCCUAGUCACUCCACAAGUUUACCUUCAUCUGAGCCACAAAGAACUCAUGAAGAACCACAUUCUAAGACUAGAGAGCGAUUGGAUUCCUAUGUGGUACAGAUUUCAGAAGACACCACCCCAGAGGUCAGCAGUUCUUUAGGCAAUUUGUUCUCAGAUUCAUCUGUCCGCAGAGCUUUCAUUAUAAAAGUGUUCCUGAUCCUGUCAGCUCAAUUGGUGCUCACUGGGGCGAUUAUCAGCGUGUUUAUUUUCUGGAAGGGUUUAAGAGCUUGGGUGCUUAUGAAUGCCUGGUUCACCUAUGCAAUCUUCCCAGCAUUUUUUGUUGUACUUAUUGUACUUGCUUGCUGUGGGAAUCUUCGCCGUCAGGUGCCUGUGAAUUACAUUCUCCUGGGACUAUUUACGAUGCUUCAAGGUCUGCUGCUGGGAGCCGUUUCAGUUUUCUAUAAUGCAGAGGAAGUGUUGUGGGCAACAGCAGCAACUGCUCUGGUGACGUUAUCGCUCACUUUAUUUGCUCUUCAAACAAAAUGGGAUUUCACCAUGCUAAAUGGGAUGCUGUUCGUUUUACUCUUCAUACUGAUUAUCUAUGGAACUCUCUUACUCUUCAUACACGCAUAUUGGUUGCAUCUAUUGUAUGCUGGACUUGGAACUGUGCUCUUCUCACUUUACUUGGUGAUGGAUGUGCAGCUCAUGGUGGGAGGGCGCCACCAUCACUCUGACCUGCACCCCGAGGAAUAUAUUUUUGCUGCCCUGAACAUCUACUUGGACAUAAUCAACCUUUUCUUAUUUAUUUUGCAACUGACUGGACUGGCACGGUAGUCCUGUGGCCGAGACUGGUUUGUGUUGGUAGAAGGGAAGGAGGCACGCCUCUGAAGUGUUGCCGGGCUCAGACAUGAGGAGGUUACCACUUCAUACGCCUUUUAUUAACAAAUAUA